CCUUACAAUGAAGAUUCUUUACUUUUCGGUCUGCAGUUCGUCCCUGGACAAGCCGAAGAUGAUUCGUCCUGAACGCACACACAGGACAUCGGGACGGGGGUCCGUGGCCAUUCACCAAUUACGCGCCAUUCGCGGCGGUGUGUCCUUAAUUUCUUAAAAAGCGUUUAAACAUCUAAUGAAAGCAUUUGGGACCCGCGAUUUCUGCUGUCAGUUGCGUUUGCCUUUUCGCCGUGUGCGGUUCGCUUCAGUUCGGUUCGAUUUGGUAUUCCUUGGUCCCGAUUGUCGAGCUGCAGGGAGCGAGCAGGAGAGGAUUAUGUCAUUGCAGCCAUGGCCAAGAUAAUCUCGACGAUCAAGGCCAUCCUCACGAGGAUCAUCUUCAGUGCGCACAGCCUGCUGGCCAUUUGGCAGGUGGUGGCCCUAAAGAGUGAUAUCAUAUACUGGGCACUAUGUGGACCACUCCUGUUGCUGCUGCUCGAGGGCAUCUUCACCAUCAUGAUCAAGAAAACGCAGGAGUGGCGCUGGUUCUGCCCCUCGGUGUUCCUCUACCUAAGCAGCAUUGUGCCGGCGAUAUGGCUCCUGGAGCUGGACAAGGUGGCCCGGCGGGUGGGCAACAUGACAACGACCAACUCGACGGUCUACAGUCCGAGCAACUACAGCAUUCCCGUGGGCAACACUACCAUCUUCAUAACCAGCACCAACAGCAGUGGCGUGCCUCCGGUGGCCACUCUGCUGGGUCAGGCCGGGGUCACCCUCUCGGUGACCCCGGACACUUGGACAACCCUCAUCGAGCAGUUCCUCAUGCUCAUCCUGAUCGUGGGUCGCUGGCUGCUGCCCAAGGGCGAUCUAACCAGGGAUCAGCUCAGCCAGUUGCUCCUGGUCUACAUUGGCACGGCGGCGGAUAUCAUUGAGUUCUUCGAUUCCUACAAGGACGACUCGAUAGCAAAGAUUGGAUUCCUGGUCUUCCUCACACUGGGCAUUUGGUCCUGGAGCCUCAUGCAGUUCACCAUCGUGCUGUCCGCCACUCGAGGACGACGACCACGAGGCAGUGGAUCGCAUCACAAAGAGGAACAUACCGACUGUUGCCAGAACUGUUGCUGUGGCAUUGAUGUGUGGGGCAUCGUACUCAAUGUGAUCCUGCAGGAUGCACCCUUCCUCACCUUUCGCCUGCUGAUUAUCUUCCAGUACAAAAUCAUUAACUACAUGAACGUCUUCUUCACAUGCAAAAACUCGUUGGUGAUCAUCCUGCAACUUUAUCGGCUAUAUGUGGUCAACGCCGAGUUCUGGAAAAAUCGGCGUGAAAGUCGAAUGGCCAAGUCACGUCAGUUCCAAUCUCGAAGGAAAGUGCAGGAUGCAGAUCAGAACAGCAUUUACAUGAUAUCCAACGAAAGGGGUGGUGAUGUCAAAAAGAAGAUCAAAAGAGCCAAGGACAAGGACUAUGCGGAGCAGGAGGCGGUAUACAGCAAAAAGAAGAAGGACAAGAAGGACAAGAAGAAGCGCAAACGCAAAGACACUGGCUACUCCACGGCCAGCUCGCAGAAUCUGUACUCCACGAAGGCGAGUGGCACGGACAAGGACACACGCCGCAAGGACAAGAAGGGCAAGAAGUCGAAGCGCACCUGCAGCAGCUCACCCAGUGACUGCGACUUGGCCAAAAAGCAGAAGCGCAAGAACGCGGAUAAAAACGAUAAGAAGAAAUCCCGCAAAAUUGAGGCAGUCGUUGAGGAGUCGAGCAGCUCGAGCAGCAGCAGCUCCGACUCCAGCAACUCCACUCUGCCCAGCUACGAGGUCAUCGACGAGAAGAAGGCCAGGCGCAGGAAGCACCGCGGAAGUAGUAGCGACACCAGUUCCGGGGACAGCAGCUCCUCCAGCUCCUCGUCCUCCAGCUCGGACUCGUCGUGAAUGAGGCACUUUUUUGGAACUAACGCCAGACGUUAUGGAAUCCGUUUUUUUGGCAGUCACUUGCCCGCAUUCAAGUGGCUGCUGAGCCCCUCUGCUCCGGGAGCUCAGAUUUGUAAGACCCCAAGGGGCAGGUCUAAAUUUGAUCGCAAACACACCGAGCGUUAAUCAUGAAAAUAACACAAGCUUACGGUUUUACAUUUAAAUGUUGUGAGGUACAAAAGAAACUGCAGUAAGUUUUAGAUACUUUCGUAAAAUGUAUCUUUAACAAGGUCAUAACAAGGUCACAAACUCUUUGAAUAUUUUAAAUUAAUUAAUAUGGCAUCUGCAAAAUAAUAUUUAAAGGCUUCCAAAUAAGUUAGCAUUUGCUAUUUUCUUGAUUAGUGCUCGAUAUAUUUUGAUAUAUUUGUAUAAACUACACUAUGGCAUAUUUGAAUGGAUAAUAAAUACGCGGGCUUCACAGCGAUAAGUUGGCAGCUCCGACUCGAUUAAAAUGAAGCUCUCUUGAAUAAAUUUUCAACGAGGUGAAAUUCUCUUAACGCUUUCUCUUUGCCGCAUGAAAAGCUUAGCAACGCGAACAGCUGCUAAACUUUUGUUGACACAC